CGUCGUCAAUCAUUGUGUUUUUGAUUUGUGUGUUUGAUUGAGCUUUUGAUGAUAUUUUUGCUGUGAUUUUGGCGUAAAUUCGAUAUUUUCAUUCAAAAUUAAAUUAAUGCAUACUAUACCAUGUACCAUAUCGAAGCUGUUUUUCAGUAGCAAUUAAGAUGUUGGUCUUAAUGUGAAUAUUUCCUGACGUAUCAUAAUUAUUAUUUACAUAUUGCCACGUAGAUAAAUAGGGCAUUAUAAAUUUUACUUACAACAGUAAUUUUUAUUAUAUAAAAUGGGUGUAAAAGACGCCAAUAUGCCCAGCAAGAAGUCUGUUUUAUUGGCCUAUGUUUUCUGGCUUUUUGGUGGUAUAUUCGGCCUCCACCACUUUUAUUUACGGAGGGACAGGCACGCUUUCGUUUGGUGGACAACCCUUGGUGGUUUCGGGGUCGGUUGGCUAGGAGAGGUGUUUCGGAUCCCUCGAUACGUCAGGGAUGCUAAUGAAGACCCUAAGUACAUGCAAGACCUAAUCAGCAGGAUGAAGAUGAACAAAAAGCCUCCAUUCUCGAUGAAUCGCUUCACCGGGAUGCUGAUGGUGGGGUACUCUUGGGGCCAGAUGAUGAUGUUCGCUGUACCGCCUGAUGAGCUCUGGGGCAUAAACUUCAGAUAUCUCAACUAUGUCAUACCUUUAGUAGCUGCUCUUGGUGUGUGGGUAGUGGGUAACAUUGGUCGGGAACAGGGCAGUCUGAAGUGGCCACUUCUAGCCGCUUAUCUCGCAUACCCAGUGCGCUACUAUAUCUACGACGAGACGGUGUGGUUCACCAUCAUGGUGCUAGCCGCUGCUCUGGCCUUUGACACGUUCUCCAAGGAGUGGCGGCGGACGCCGAGGAGGCAUCAUAUUGCGAAACGUAUUGCCGUGCUAGGCUUGUGCGCCUGUCUGUACGUGUCGCUGUGGUGCAGUUAUCUGUAUUUCCACGGCACCAUCACUGACAGCGAAGGGGACGAGGUGCCAGUGUAUGAGGCACUUCAUCAUUUCUUCACCAGUCCUUGGUGGCUUGACGUGAAGCAGUGUUUGUAUGACACGUACCAAUAUGCUCAACACCACGGUUGGUACGAAGUGUGGAAGCAGAUCAUCGAGCUCUCAGACCCUCAUGGAGAACAGAACGCUUACAAGGUUCUCGGGCUCGGUCCAGAGGCGAGCCAGCAAGAGAUAACGUCGACUUGGCGCCGCCUAUCCCGCGAGAACCAUCCGGACAAAGUGAAGGACUUAUCCCAACGCAGGGCCGCCCAAGAACGCUUCAUGGAAAUCCAACAGGCUUAUGAAAUCCUCUCCAACAGCAAACACAGGAGGAACAGAAGGAACAAGAAGGAUAACACGGAGAGAUCGGAUGAGAAAAUAGAGUUGUAGUAGAUCUGGUAUUAAUAUGAUUUGCUAGAUGAUGUGCGGACUGUUUCAUCUGAACUGAUAGUGUGAGACCUUAAGGGCACUGGCAUUUACAUGAGCAUUUAAUUUAUGUAGAUUUUUUAAUAUAUUUAUAAUAUAUACAUAUUGUUAUAUUAUAUAUAUGAAAUUAAUAUAUUAUAUAUAAAGGACAAUUUUAGAAAGAUAUAUUGCUAGAAAAUUUGCGAAUUCAAGUGUUAAUUUUGUAUUUCGUAAUUUCAUUUGUUGAAACCUUAUUUAUCUGUGGUGCCUUCGCGCAUGUUGAUAAGACAUAUAUCUUACCUUUCUCUCUUUUACUGAGGUAAACUGAAGAGGCAAAGAGAGAUAGCAUAUGCUGAGUUAACGUUUGUUUGAGUAAAACAUUAAAGUGUGAUAAAAACCUCUUAGGUUUAAACGCACGCCGACAUCAAGUUUUUACAUAUCGAUAAAAUUUUAAUAGGGCUGAAUAGGACAAUAAAAGAUCUUUCAUGAACACGAUGAAGAAGAUGCAUGUAUUCAAACGUAUCUUAUUUAUAAGUAUACUUGAUUUAUUAUGAUUUAUUUCUUAAGUAACUCGAAAUAUAACGAGUCUUUUACUCGGCGACUGCAAUAUAUUGCUCAACUAUUAUGACAUUCCAUUUGCAUUAACAGAAUUACUUGCACUCGAUUAAUAAUUUAUUUAUAAGUAAAUUACUUUUAUCUCUAAAAGUUAUUUACUUUAGAGAUAUGAAUGAAAGAAUAAUCAAUAAGAUUUUAUUUAUCUGCUCUUAUUAUAAAAUAUGGUUUAUUUAUUUUCUUAAGAUUUAAAUAAGACCAAUUUAAUAUAUGUACUUAGUAAUUUGUUAUUUAAAGUGGGAGUAACAGAAUCCAUAAAAUAUUUUUAUAAGUUUAUGAGAAGCGAAGCCAGUUCAUGAAGUUUAGUCUUAACGUUUCUUAGUGCACUCGAACAAGAACGUGAACGCUAAAACUUUAGUUAACCUCUAGAAAAUACAAUAUGAAUAAGAACUCAGAUGGUGGAUGAAAUAAAAGUGAUCUGAAUGUAUAAUUUUGUAUUCCCUUUAGUAAUAUAAAUUCUACUUCAAAUUGUUCCACGUUCCAAAUUGUAUAUAUAGCUAAUUGUCAAUAAAAUCUUUACAUAUUCACACACACAAUUUAGUUGGCUAAAUUACCAAUAGAUUGUGAAUUAAAUUUUUAUAAGAAUCUUACCUCAGUCACAUACAGACUUUUUGUAUCAUAUAGUCCCGUUACUCAAAGGUAUGCAUUAAUUAUGCCAAAUUAUUGACUGUUGUAGAUUUAUUUUAGCACACUAAUACUAUAGGUAUUUAUCGUAAAUCAGCUCUUCCUAUGCCUAAGAUUAUUUCUCUAAUUGAAAUAAAUGUAAUAUUAAAUAUCCAGAAACAGAUCUUAUUAUAUUGCCUGGAAUAACAUCUCAAUUUGUACUCGAAUACAGUUUUCCAUCUUAUAGGUCUGGCAAAUCAAAAACAUGCAUUUAUGAUGCCAAAUCGAUUAAGUAGUUAGGUUAGUAGCUAGUUCAUAAUUUUUUUCUGAUUAGAAAGUAAAUACUUUGAUUAUUUUAUAUUAUUAUUAUUAUUUAUAUAGGUAAAGUUUGAUAGUCUGCUUGCUCCUAGCACAUUAACCAUUAUUUGAGAAACGGACGAAUUUUCUAUGUAAGCAGCUUCGGCGGCAAAUGUUUUGCUAUCGUACAUAUAGAAAUUGGAAUAAUUACUCUGUCUUAUUCCAAAUUCUACGUUCGCGACGCUGUUCGCUUCUAUGUGAGCUCGUUUCAUCAGUUGUGUGUAAGCCCUAUUAAAUGGCCGCCUUGAACAUAUCUCAGUUGCAGCCGUAAUAAAAUUAUUUUGUAGGCGAUCAUACUCUUUUACCGCAAUUGGCGCAGUACAAACUUACCUGAACAAAAACACUGUGGAGACUGCGACGCUUGCUGUCUUUGUGAAGAUUGCGUUCAUCCAUAUACCUGUAUAAUUAGCGGAAAUCUUUAUUGCUUUUUCUUCUGUGAAAGUUGGCAAUAGGCUACAGUUUUUUAUGGACCUAUUUACUCUGUUAAUAUAUUUAAUAUUGACCGUAACUAAUGCUUAUUUUAUGCAGGCAUUGUAAAUAUUAUUAUUAUAAUUACAAAUGUUAUCAUAGUUAUUCCUCAAACGAAAUCCGUCCAUUUUAAAUGUACUUAAUUAAUUUAUUUAGAUAAGUAAAAAGGACAUUUGUAUUUUUGUGCGUAUUAUUUAUUAUGUAACA